CGCCCCCACGGGAGGCUCCGGCAGUGCCUCGCACCUCAGCGCUCGGACGGGACUGCGAGGGGAGCUGGUCCCAGCCUGAAGCGCAGCAGCACCGAGCCAGCCCCGGGCCUUGAACCCCUUUAACCCGCCGCCGCCCAGGCUCGCUCUCCCCUCCCCCCGGUCUUGUCCCUCCAGCAGCUCGGGCCGCCGCCGCCGCCAUGGUGAAAGUGUCGUUUAACUCCGCCUUGGCGCAGAAGGAGGCAGCCAAGAAGGACGAGGAGAACAGCCAGGUGCUCAUCCUGGGCCCGGACCCCAAGGACCCUGAAGCUGUGGUGCCUGUUGGACAGAGGAGAGCUUGGUGUUGGUGUAUGUGCUUUGGAGUGGCUUUUAUGCUUGCUGGUGUGAUACUUGGUGGUGCCUAUCUGUACAAAUAUUUUGCAUUCCAGCAAGGUGGUGUGUAUUUCUGUGGAAUAAAAUAUAUUGAAGAUGACUUAACUCUGACUGAGCCUGAUGCACGUGCUCCAGCUGCUCGCUACCAGACAAUUGAGCAAAACGUUCAGAUCCUUGAGGAGGAGGAUGUUGAAUUCAUCAGUGUGCCUGUCCCAGAAUUUGCUGACAGUGAUCCAGCAGACAUUGUUCAUGAUUUCCACCGGAGACUCACAGCCUACCUCGACCUUAGCUUGGAUAAGUGCUACGUGAUUCCUCUAAACACUUCAGUUGUUAUGCCACCAAAAAAUUUCUUGGAGUUGCUGAUCAAUAUAAAGGCUGGAACAUACUUGCCUCAGUCCUAUCUGAUUCAUGAACAGAUGAUUGUUACUGAUCGCAUUGAAAAUGUGGAUCAGUUGGGGUUCUUUAUUUAUCGUCUGUGCCGUGGCAAGGAAACCUAUAAACUACAGCGCAAAGAAACCAUGAAAGGAAUUCAAAAGCGUGAAGCCACCAAUUGCCGAAAGAUUCGACACUUUGAGAAUAGGUUUGCUAUAGAAACACUCAUUUGUGAACAGUAAUGGAGAAUAUUACUGUAACAGAAGACUGAAAGAUUACAGUAUGAUCCCACUUUGUAUUGUGUGCAGUGAUUAUUUUUUAAAAUCUUCUUUUAUGUAAGUAGUGGACAGGGCUUUAUUGCUGAACAUCUUAAACACUUUUCAUCUCAUGAUAAAUUUUAAAUAUGUUUUAGGGGUUUUUCUUAUUUUCAAGUGUGGUGCCCUUUUUAUAUUUGAAUAGCAAUUGUAUAAAGUCUUAGUUACUAGUGCAUUUCAUGUGAUGAAUCUUGAAUACUACGAGGAAGAUAACGUCUCUGAAAUAUCUGCCAGUUUUAAUUAAGUAAAAUUGAAAAGAAUUAUUAAUCUGGAGAAAAAUAUGUACAAAUGGACUGAAAGAACUACUUCUAACUGUAAUAUUCUAAGCUAUAUAGUUUGUUACAGCAUACAGAUAAACAUAUAUUUGAAUUUCUCCUCACUAAAAUGUGCAAUUUGGUUUUUUUAAAUCUUGUCAUAUUUACCUUUUCAAAUUGAUUUCUGACUUGAUGUUUUAAUAUGGCAAGUGUCUGCUGUAACUAUCUUUAGAAAAUGUAAGGAAAUUAAGCAGUAACUUGUUACUAACUUUUAUAUAAUCCAUGUAUGUGCAAUGGAAAAUAAAUCUUACAAACCUGU